CGGCUACGGGGCGUCUCUGCUGUGCAAUCUCAUCGGCUUUGUGUACCCUGCAUAUGCAUCAAUCAAGGCCAUCGAGAGCCCAAGCAAAGAGGACGACACUGUGUGGCUCACCUACUGGGUGGUGUACGGCCUGUUCGGGCUGGCCGAGUUCUUCAGCGAUCUGCUCCUGUCCUGGUUCCCUUUCUACUACGCGGGAAAGCCAAAGCAGCCGUGACCCAGCUCCAGAAGGACCAGUGAAGGCCCCGCCCGGCCCCAGCACAGACCUGCCUGCCGGCGAGCUGGACAAGACGUCGAAGCCCAAGUCCGCGGACGCCUCGGCUGACGCCCCGGCGGAGCCCCCCACGGGUCCCUCGGCCCCUCGGCAGCCAGCCCCCGGGAACGCCUCGCGCCCUGCCGCGGGCCAGUCCCAGCCUCGCUCCCAGGCCGCCCGCUCUGCCAGCGGCUCUCAGCUGCCCGGCAAGUCGCGGGGCCGGCCCCGGCCGCCAGCUGACGCCCCCAGCCGGGCCCCCGCCCCCGGCCCGCAGCGCCCCCGGCCCUCUGCCACUUCCUUGGGCCCCUCGCAGCCGGGCCGCCAGUCCUCGGGCUCCGGGCAGCGUCACAGCCCCUCCUCCGGCCAGGCAGCCCCCCUCGUGCAGUCCCCCAGCGGCACCGCCAUCCCCAGCAAGACCCCCAACGAGCCGGGGGACUGGGCCCCCGAGGCCGCCGAGUCCAGCAGGCCGCAUGAGGAGCCGUCGCCCACGCGGCCCCCCGGCAGCCCCGCGGUGCCCGAGCGGCCCGCCGCGUGCCCGUCCCAGUCCUCGCUGGAGUCCAGCUCCGAGUCCACCACGGAGGUCACCACAGAGGUCACCUGGCCCCUCCACAGACACGGGCUCCGCUACCUGCGCCACUGCUGGCGGCUCAAACACCUGGUCUGCUAGCACGGGCCCCAAUAAAGCUCGGGGACCAGCCUCGUCUCCCGUCUGUCCUCAGUGGGGGGGCUUCACGGCAGAGUCUCAUCUCAUCAGGACCCGAAGCUGUGCGACACGCUUUACAGAUGAGGAAACCGAGGCCCAGGGAGGCGAACUCGCCUGCUCGAGGUCUCCCCAGGUGGCCGAGCCGGAUCCAAGACGGGAAUUGGAGUCCACGUUGUUUCUUUGAGAGGGGGUCCCGGGAACUCCAGUAGGGAGCGGGCCUGGGCCAUUCCAUCCAGGCAGCGCCCCCUGCAGGCAGCUCGGGGCCGGCCCAGAGAGCCUACCGCGCACAGGCCUGCGGGCCAGCCCUCCACGGCAGCCCGGCAUUCGUGGAAACGGGGAGAGGGGAGGCGGGUGGGCACCGACAGGCCCCUCUCCACCCGGCCCCUGGAUGCCUUUCUGAGGCCAGCGUGACCCCGGUCGUAAAUGCAGGCGGAGACGGGACAAGCAAGGAAGGCAACAAGCCUGACGAGUGGAUAUAGAUGCAAAAACUCCAAGCAAAAACCAGCCAAUCCGAUCCAAGAGUAUAUGAAAAAAUAGAGCAGCCUCUGU